AGAUGUAUCAGCACAUCUCCAUUGUACUUCUGUUCAUUUUCAUCACUGGAGCACAUUCACCCAAAUGUUAUGAGUGCACUAGCGUGGGGUCAGGAUCUUGUGAAGCAAAAGAGAAGAAAUGUACUGAUGGAUUUACCAAAUGUAGCAGUACAACAAUAACAGCCGCUUCAGGUCCAAUUAAGACAUCUACCACAACCAAGUCAUGUGCAUCGAUUUGUAAUAAUGAUAGCACAAAGAUGGGUGGAGUUACAACUUCUACCAAGUGCUGUGAUACGGACCUUUGCAACGGCACAGGUGGACUCUAUAAGGGCAGUUUCAUCCUCGUCCUGUCUCCGCUCUUCAUCCUCACCCUGUUUCACUGAAAUCUCUGAACUUCAGUGUAACACAGCUUACAAAAUUGUUAACUGCAAUGCUUGUUUGUUGCCAAUGUAUGCUGCAUCUAAUUUACAUUUAGUUGUUAGGUUUGUAUAAGCUUAGAAACAACAUAAAUCACAAUCGCUUACAUUUAAAGGGACACUUCAUCCAUUUGCAUUAAGCUGUGUAUAGUUAGAAACCCAGUCAUGUUUUUGAAUGGUCGUGCAUCAUUCCCUCAGUUUCCCCUGAGACAGGAGAAAUACAGAUUUCAGUGUUGCACUUCCUUCUUUCAACACCCCUUUUCUCGGUCAAAUAGGCACCAAAUUUGAAAUUUAUGUUACAUUUCGACUACAAAUAUGAUCCACUUUUAAUAAAGAUUAAUGUUUCCACGGGUGAAAUGCUCCUUUAAGACUUUAUCAAUGGCUUACAGUACAUUUGAGCUUUAUAACUGCAACAUCAAAAAAAAUUUUAAUUAAAGAUAAUGCUUUCUUUGUGAUAGCUUAAAGGUGAUGUGUGUAAAGUUUAGUGGCAUCAGUGGUAAGAUUGCGAAUUGCAACCAACAGCUCAACACUCAAUUGUUUUUAAAACGCAUAUGGUAGCCGCUACAUGACAAACAUGAGAUCCUCCCAAAAGUUACACAAUGCACCUUUAAUUUUUAUUUUCAUUGGUGUUGUAUUUCUAGCAAAAUAUAUUCUGGAAACAGAAAAAAAAGAAAUAAAAUAUAAC